CAAAUGCCAGUGAUCAUCGCGGGAAAUGAGCAGCAGCAGAAGAAGUACCUGGGGAGGAUGACGGAGGAGCCCAUGAUGUGUGCGUACUGCGUGACGGAGCCGGGGGCGGGCUCGGACGUGGCCGGGAUCAAGACGAAGGCCGAGCGCAAGGGGGACGAGUACGUCAUCAACGGGCAGAAGAUGUGGAUCACCAACGGCGGCAAGGCCAACUGGUAUUUUUUACUGGCUCGGACGGAUCCGGACCCAAAAACCCCGGCCAGCAAAGCCUUCACCGGGUUCAUCGUGGAGGCCGACAGCCCCGGCAUCCAGGUCGGGAGGAAGGAGCUGAACAUGGGCCAGCGCUGCUCGGACACGCGGGGGAUCCUCUUCGAGGACGUGCGGGUGCCCAAGGAGAACGUCCUCCUGGGCGAGGGCGCCGGCUUCAAGAUCGCCAUGGGGGCCUUCGACAAGACCCGCCCCCCCGUGGCGGCGGGCGCCGUGGGCCUGGCCAGAAGAGCCAUGGACGAGGCCACCAAGUACGCGCUGGAGAGGAAGACCUUCGGGAAACCCAUCGCUGAGGUGAGUUCAAAUGAAAAAAACCACAAUUCUGUAAAGAGAUCAAAAAAAGAAAAUGUCGAAAAUGGAUAUUUUCACCCGCUCCUGGGGAAUUUUCAGAUUUCCUUGAUAUUUAGGGUGUGAGGGUUUAUUUUCUCU